UUUCACGAGUAAGUAGAUGAGUCAUGGCGACGGUGAAAGAAGAGGAAUAUUCACCUCAAUCGCUUGAAUGCCGCGUUUGCACUGACGUAUUCAAAAACCCCAAAAUUCUGUCAUGUCUGCAUUCAUUUUGUCAAAAGUGUCUCGAAAGUUAUGACUUAAUUGGCGCCGGCACUUCAUCUUUGGUUUGCCCUCUAUGUCGCAAACUGACGGAGAUACCCGAAGAUGGUCCCCAAUCGUUGCCAGAUAAUUUUCUUCUCACAAACGCAUUGGAUCAGCUCUCGGUCAAAGCAAGCAAGGAGUAUGUCCUUCAUUGUACAAACUGUGAAGACAACUCAGAGGCGACUUCAAGAUGUCUUGAAUGCGCUGAAUUCCURUGUGUCAACUGUGUUCAUGCACACAGACGAAUUCGUGUCACAAAAGAUCAUCGGAUUUUGUCCAUGGACACACUGCAGGCGGACAGACAGACGCUUCAUCGACCAUCGUUCUGYCUUCAACACGAAGACGAGUUUUACAUGUUCUACUGUACUCAGUGCGACUGCCUUAUUUGCCGGGAGUGCACUAUUUUGGACCAUCGUGGACACAAAUAUACAGGACUGAGAGAAGCACUCGACGAAAGAAAAAUUCUUAUCGACGAGCUCCUACAGUUCUGCACAGGGACAAAAAUCCCUCCUGUUCAAGACGCGGUCUACGAAGUCAAAGCCAUGACUGCAAAACUCCGCGCUCGCGCAGACGCAGUCAAGCACGAUAUCUGCAGCGCCGCAGACGAAUGCGUCAAGCGUAUUUUGGCGCGAAAACAACAGUUGUUGCUUCAAGUGGAUGACAUGACCCUUGGAAAGGAGAACGUACURCGCUCUCAACAAGAUCAACUUGAGAUGGAAUUAUUCAGAUACACUAGCUCACGUGACUUCGUUGAGAAYGUCCUUCUCCAUGGUAACGAAGUAGAAAUCAUCCAACUCCGUCAACUUAUGACCAACCGUUUGCAAGAAUUAAACACGAUCGAGUUGGACUACAAGGAGCCUGAGGAUAAUGACGUCAUUGACUACAUCUUAGACCAUGAGGCAGUGCAACAAGUUGCGACGACCAUGGGUCACGUGACUACCUCUAAAACAUUUGCGUCUCUUUGUAGCGCAACAGGGCUUGGCAUAAAAUCCGGGAAAGUAGGGGUGGAGUCGAAGUUCACUAUAACAACAAAAGAUCGCUUCGGCAAUGCCUCGUUCGAAGGUGACCACUGCAACCCUCURCACGUGGUCAUCCAAGCACCGGAAGAAUUCUUCUUGGGYAAUCACGUGACCAAUAAUAAGGACGGCACGCUAUCAGUGCGUUACACACCCGUCACGCGAGGCAAACACCUGGUUAGCGUGACAGUACGAGGAAGGAAGAUUCAAGGGAGUCCUUUUGAAGUGAAUGUAGUAGAGGGUAUUGAUUAUAAGMGGGUUGGACCUGURUUCAUGACUAUUGGAAGAAUGGGUUCAAAGAGCGGCGAGUUUAAGCAACCAAGCUCYGUUACGACUGAUUCUGAAGACAACAUUUACGUAGCAGACUUUGUCAACUGUCGUGUCCAGAAGUUUGACAAAUUUGGCAAACACUUGAAAGAUAUAGGCAGUCGAGGAACAAGAGAUGGCCAGCUUAUGAACCCGUGUGGUGUGGCUGUAGACCAGACAGGCUUGAUCAUCGUCUCUGACUGGGAUAACCACAGGCUGCAACUUUUCACUCCCGAAGGAAAAUACUUUACCAAAUUUGGAAGUAAAGGUUCUGAGCCCGGRAUGUUCUUGCACCCCAGCGGUAUCGCUCUAAACAAGAAUGGUAACCUGGCCGUAAUCGACAAAGACAACAAUAGAGUCCAGGUCGUGAAGCUUGACGGRACACCAGUGAUGUCAUUCGGCUCACCUGGUAACGGCGACGGSCAGCUYGACUGUCCAAGUCACGUGACAAUUWCUCAAGACAAUGGUUACCUGGUAACCGAUACCGGAAAUAACCGUGUGGUGAAAUUCGAUGCCGAAGGGAAGUUCGAGUUGAAUUUUGGUACCAAGGGRAGUAGCGAUGGGAGAUUAGACCGUCCCGCGGGAAUUGCAGUCGAUCCCGAGGGAUUCAUAAUCUUAACUGAUUUCCAAAAUCAUCGCAUUCAGAUUUUCGAGCCCGAUGGCACUUUCUAUGCAAAGUUUGGAAGCGAGGGAGAUAAGGARGGUGAAUUUAAGUUCCCAACUGGCCUUGCGCUCACGAAGGAYGGACAUCUGAUUGUGGCGGACAGACAUAAUCACAGAAUCCAAGUAUUCUAAAUUCCUUUUUUACGAAAGAUGUCCGAAUAACGAUAAACCGAUGGCUUGACGCGACGACCUUAAUGAUUGGAGAGCCACCAGUGUACCGAUCGAUGCCCGAAAUUGUCCCGACGUCGUUAAACAACUGAUUGUUAAUGAUUCUCAACGCUUAUUCAUUUAAGUGCACAUUAUGGACAGAAAAUAAAUCACCGACACUAGCAUGAUUUUACGAAGAAUUUCGGAAAUCCGUCGGUAYUGCACGAUCAGGUAUCGAUUACUGACUUUGGGCAAACAAAAAAAAUGUAUAUAAGCGCAGUAAUAUCGAUUAAAUAACCACAUCAAUGACGUAGUAACACGAARUAGAUCGGAAAGUCGACGGUAUACCGAUUGAUUAUCGACUGUGUGACGCCGGUAUAUAAAAAAAUAGGAUAGACAAUUGUGAGAACACGACMAAUAAAAGAAAGAAAUAAUCUAACAGAAAAUACGACAAAAACAGUCAAUUUAAAUAUUACUAGUUUGUAAGAUUUAAUUAAGUGGUGAUUUUACAUCGACCCUAGCUGUAGGAUUAAUAUUAAGGCUAUAUAAUAGUUCGUAGCAGACUUCAAACCUAUUGCUUUCUUUCGUUCUUUUU